CCACCGCCUACUGCUGCAGCCUGCCUUCCUCUCUCCAUCCCUCCAUCCUCCCACGUCCCACCUCACAUUGCUCCCCCUGGGUCUCUCAUUCCUGCAUCCUUCCCUCCUGCAUCCCUCCUCCUGCAUCCCUCCCUCCUGCAUCCCUCCUCCUGCAUCCCUCUUCCUGCAUCCCUCCUCCUGCAUCCCUCCUCCUGCAUCUCUCCCCCUGCAUCCCUCCCUCCCUCCCGCAUCCCUCCCUCCCGCAUCCCUCUCUCCACGCCUCCCUCCUUCCCUCCCUCUGCCUGCGCAGAGCCGCGGACAUGGCGCUCAGCAAUUUCCUCUUCGCUCAGUGCAUCUGCUAUUUCCUGGCCUUCCUCUUCAGCUUCAUCGUGGUGGUGCCACUCUCCGAGAAUGGCAACGACUUCCACGGCCGGUGCCUGCUCUUCACCGAGGGCAUGUGGCUCAACGCCAACCUGACGGUGGAGCGGCAGCGCUUCACGGUGCAGGAGUGGGGGCCUGAGGCUGCCUGCCGCUUCAGCAUCUUCACCGGGCUCCUGUCCCUGCUGCUGGCCACAGUGCAGGCCUGGAGGACCCUCUUCUUCCUCUGCAAAGGGCACGAGGACUCUUUCUUUUACGCCUUCCUGAAUCUGCUGAUCAGCGCCUUUGUGGUGUUCAUCACAUUUAUUGCCAGCACUAUAGUGAGUGUAGGAUUUAACAUGUGGUGUGAUGCAAUUACCGAAAAAGGAAGCAUGCCAAAUAGCUGUGAAGAAUUGCAGGAUAUAGAUCUUGAGCUGAACUUGGAAAACUCUGCUUUCUAUGACCAGUUUGCUAUUGCACAGUUUGGUCUUUGGGCUGCCUGGCUGACUUGGUUGGCAAUUACCAUUCUGGCUUUCCUGAAGGUUUAUCACAACUACAGACAGGAGGACCUGCUAGAUAGCCUGAUCCAUGAGAAGGAGCUGUUGCUAGGAAGAUCCCCUUCACGAUCCUCUUUGCAAGAUGACAAAAGUGGCAUGAUCUAAAGUGUAAGCAAAUUUCCAGGGCAGGAUCUAGAUUUUAUUAUUCAGUAGUGUGAGCUGAAGUUGAGUCAGGGUAUUGAGUGUGUGAGAUCUUUUAUUUUACUGAAAUGAAAUGUGAGUCACUUCCCCCAUGAGAAAUUGUUGGCAGAAAUACUGCUAUUAGGAUGAAGAGAAUGAAAUUCCCUAUGUACCUAUGGCACAGCAAACUUUCUGUCCUGUGCAGGCAAAAUUUGUAACCUGCCCUUGUCAGCAGAGCUCCUACGUGCCAUCACUAGCUUUUGGGACAGGGGCCAUUUUUGAGGGCUGAGCUGGCAAGAGCAGACUACAGCAUCCAGGCUAUUUCUUCAAACUAUUCUUCAACAAUAAUUGUAACUGGAGCUGCAUUCAGUUCCUCCUCCCUCCCUCUCCUCCCUUUUGCCACUGAGCUGCCCCUGUUCUCUCUUUAUCCUGGGAAGUUGCAGCUCUGGUUUGGGGACAGGCUCUCUCUGUCUCUGCUUUCACUGUGGAUGGAGGCAAUGCUGACAAACUCCUGCUCCUGCUCUGAUUUUAUUUAAAACAUAGAGACCUGUGUACCACACCUGAUAUUUAAUAUUGGACAGUGCUAAUGAAUUCCAUGAAAGCAGUAUAUUAUUACAGCACCUGUCAAAUACUGUGUAUAAUGUGGAAGGAUGAUGGAGAACUUCUGUGGUUUUUCUUCUUAGAUUUUGGCAUGACCAGCAUUUAUUAUGACUCCUGAAGUAAAGUGUAGCUAGAAAUUGCUGAAGCUUGCAUACUAAGAAAUUAAGCUGAAUAGAUAGUAUUAAUGCUUGUGCAUUUAUAAAUGUAACUUGGUCCUUAACACGGUAUACUAUUCUGUUUUGAAUAUUAGAAUUUAUUUGUGAUAUUUAUUUCAUAUAGGAAUGCAAAAUUACUGUAAGCAUUUGCAUUGUAGGUUUCUUUAUAUGAACAUAGCAAGGAGUUCAGACCACUGAGUUAUUUUAUAGAUAUUUCAGUGCUGAAUGGGUCCAUUCUCCCCACUCAUGGGCAGGAGUUCUAGGGCAGAUGAAUUUUGCUGUGAAAACAAAGAAAAUUUGCUAUUUACACAAAGAUCACUGGUGACUUUGUUGUUGCUUUCAGUUUGGCUUGGCCAGUGCUUCAACAAAUCAGGUGGAUUGUUGAGAUCAGGGGUAGCUCUGAUAAUUAAGAGUUACUCAGAGCAGUGUGGGAUUUGCAUGGCAGAGAAGCAAAGUUGUGCUAGAAUUAAGCAUUUAUCCCCAGGUCCACAUUACACAGAAGACCUCAAAUCAGCAGAAAACUUAAGCAAACAACUAAGUUUGGACUGAAGAAGAUUUUUUUGGGAGUACAGUGUCACUGUCUGUGGUACCUGUGUUUGACUUGAGACUGAAUUUACUGCUACAGAAGUGCGAAUCACACACAAUAUACAACCUGGUAAAUCAGAAUGAGGGGAAAGAAGACAGCAGGCUUUUACCAACUCAGAGCUCAAGCCUGGAAUUAGCACAAGCAUGCAGAUUAACUGUUGUCUUCUAGGCUCUCUCUGAUGCUUAGUUAAGUACCAGCUUAAGCAUUUCAUUGAAGCAGAAUUUGAUGUCAUGACAAAUCCCUCAAUUAUUAAGCAUUUUAGGGCAUAAAAGCUGACAUUGUAUUUAACUGCCAAAAUGUUCUCAUAGGUUUAGAGAAAAAGCCCUCCAUGGGCCCUGAGCAGUGAACAGCCCUGUGAACAUUGCUUAUAAGCCCAGCUGGCCACAGCUCUCUGUAGAGAGGUCUUGCUCUUCAGCAUGAUUUCUGCUCUCAAGAGAACGCAAUUCCUUUGAAAGCUUUGCAGUAGUGUCUUUUUUUUGUUGUUGGGAGUUGACAUCAGAGGAGGAGUCCUGGGGAGGGAAUCAAAGAUCAAGUUAAUUAAUACCAAUUUAAAAUUUAGAUAGGACAGGACUGUCAGAGUGCCUUUUUUUUAUUCAUUUAGUCGAAUGGUUUGGAUAUUAGGAAAAAUCUCUUCAUUGCCAAGGUUGUCAAGCACUGUAACAGGCUGCCCAGGGAAGUGGUGGAGUCACCAUCCCUGGGUGUAUUUAAGUGUAGAUGUGGCACUGAGGGACAUGGUUUGGUGGUGGCCUUUACAGUGCCAGGUGAAUGGCUUGACUGGAUGAUCCUAGAGGUCUUUUUCAACCUAAAUUUCUCUGACUCCAGUAGGAGAUACCCUCUUGCAAGUACCUGAGUCCACUGCCAGGGAAUGACCUUCUUCAUACCCUGUAGAAGAGCUUGGGUCUUGUGAGUUAGCCUGUUUCCCAUGUUUCCCCAGUUUCUCCAGUUGUAAAAGGCAGUCUCAGUUUCACUCAGCAGUGACUUCUCUUCCCACAAAUUACUUCAGUGCAUGCCUUUCUCCUUGUGUGGAACUGUGCUGCUGCUUUUUGUGUAUUUUAUGUAUAUGCCAAAUCAGGCUUAGGCUGAAGUCAUGUGUGGGCUGGGACCAGUGUUCUUGGUGUUUCCCAAGGGUUUGAAGAACCAAGAGGCAGAAGAUAACAAGUGCCAGCUUGUGUUUCUUCUCUGAGGUACCAGGGCCCAAGCCUUUCUCUGGUUCUGAAAGAGAGGAUGCUGCUUAUGGGCAAGGCUGUCUGGGGCUCAUGCUGUCUUCUACCUCUCCUGCCUCGAGGUCUUUUUCCUCCUUUCCAUUUCCAUGAGAAGCAGCAAACACUGAUCCUGGAUUUGGAGCUGCCACACAAAAUGAAAAGAGACUGAAGCUCUUCUGUGAGUGCCCUGUGAUUCUUACUCUGUUUUUCACAGCUUCCCUGCCUUGACCAGGUGGGGUGAGGCUGGCAUCCCCUUGCAAGCAUCAGGGAUGAUUAAAAGAAAGUUGUUUUUGAUGGAAGGCCCUGUGUGAGUCAGAAGGCAGAGCAUGUCAUGAGAAGCUCUCUGGCUGACCCAAGGGGAGCAAGGUUAUCCUGCAACUCUCAAUUAUUGGACACACUUGAUGGUUUUUAUUUGCACUAAGUUUUCUGCAACCUUGUCUCCUAAAGCUUGGGCACUCAGGCCAAGCAAGUGAUGCCAAGCUGAAAAUGUGUUAGAAUUGUGGUAUAAUUUAUGGACACAUACAUACAUACCUGUGCUCUCUUUCAUUCAUUUUUCUCUUUUGUACAUUUCUGAUGUCUGCUUUGAGUCAUCCAUUGCCAACCAGCACAUCGUGGGGCUGGGAGUCAAAUAUUGCAUUUCUGUGACAUUUCAAUACCUUUAAUUUGCCAUGUCCAAAGACAGGCCUCGGGGAACACUCUAGCAAGAGUUGUAUUCAAAGAACUAGAACAUUGUGUGGUACUUAUACUUGUAUUUAUUUAUUGCCACAUGGUGGAAGGGGAAAAAGCUUUGUGACCUUUCCAAGGCACUGGGGCUGUUGCCACUCUAGUGUUCUGCUGUACCAAAUAUAUUCUCUGGCUACCAUCUGUAGUUAAAUUUCAAACCAAUUCCCUGGCAGCAGUCCUCAUUGGGUUAGAAGAAUCUAAGCUAACAAGUGUCAUCUGAGCUUUUAGAUUAAUACUGUUUAUUACUAUUUUUUAUAAUGGAGAAACAAUUGCAGCCAUCUUUUGGAAAAAACUUCAUCAUGGGUGCAUUCACGCUCAAAACAUCUCAUAUCACUAACCCAUGAGGCAUGUUUCAGCAGAAAAAUUUCAGUGAGAAUCACAAAAAUAAGAGCACGACAGUGGAAAUGGAAUGACACAUUUGUGCUAUAGCAACAAUUCUAUGGUCCCUUAAAAAAGGGGGUGUUAUAGUAACCAGUGAUGGAUGGUUGAGUGUACAGACCUUGUCAUGGAAGCAUUCUCUGUGUAUGUACAAUGUACACAGAUAAAUGCCAGAAAUGGUUCCACUGCUCUUGUGUGAUGUGGAUAAAGGCUCUUAACAGGCAGCUUCAGCUGGAGUAGUUGCUAGAAUGCCUUAAAUUUCUAUUCUUCCUUCUACUUAGCACCAGGACUCGUGCAAUGGCAAUGGUUAUGAUACUCAGAGGUGGAAUUGAUGUGGGCAGAGUAGGAAAGCACUGGCCUGUGCAUAACUCCCAAAGGCUGGGGUGAGUUUCUAGUGCAGGUUUGCAGGUGUUUUAAUUCCUCCCCUUUAUCUGGGUAAUGUCCUGCUGCUAGCCUAAAUUACUCCAGUUAGGAGCAGUCAGAUUUCCCUUCAGGCCUUCACUCCUCAAUAUGGAACACUGCUGAUUUAAGCUGUGUAGUGCUCAGGAUGGGAGCAGAGUUGCAAGGAAGAGGAGCUCACACUUUACAUUCAGGUAAAUGUAAAUUUACAGGUGCACACAGCCUGGUCCUGGGUGUAUGUGGGUUUUGUUAUGGCCCUUCUCCAAAGCCUUCCCAAAUAUAUUGCAUGUAAAAUCACUUGCACCGUUUAAAUUAUAAAAAUUUAUAUCCAGACAGUAAAUUAUACUGGAAAGACAGACAAUAUUUUGUGAAAACCAAUCUGGAUCAUGAGAAAACUUGUGUUUUUAAUUCUAUAUCAAUGGCCUGAGUAUCCUUAAGCUAGUGAGCCUCCUGGCUGUCCAGAUCCUAAAUCUGUGCCUCAGACCAUUUCCUUUGCUGAUAUAAACAGCCCAUUUUUUUCUCUUGGAAUGUUUGCUUUGGAGGCCACAAAUGUCUUUUUCUUCUGGUUAGGCAAUCUGGGAAAAGAGGAAGAUUUUACCUGCAGUGACAAAAUGCUCAUGUAACUUUGUAAGCACAGAAAUUGUUUUAGAAUUAUUUUUGCUUAUGGCACUAGUGCCUUGAAGUACAUGUUUCUAUUUUUGUCCUCCAUAAGAAGGAGGAAAACUAUCCUAAGUUGUAUUUUAGUACUCACAGAUAUGCACCUAAAUGUUCUUUUUUAUGGAUUUUUUUUAAGUGACAAAAUUCAACUCAGUGAUUUAUGAAGUUAAGAACUGCAUAGAAGACAGCAUUUUGAUGCUUCCCUGAUGUAGAAGGGAACUUCCCUCUCUCAGAAAAAUAACAUUUGUUUCUGAGAGGUUAGGAUAGAAUUCACUCAAGAUAUAGCAAGUACUGCUUAUUUCAGUGCAGGUUUUCAAUGAAUAGUGUCUUCCAUCCUGUUGUUGGGAAGAGUAUUAACAUAGCCAUGCUUCCUCUUUAGUUUUUUUUUGUUGUUCAUGCCAAAGAGUGUAAUUGAGCUGCUAUUGCAAGCACAGAUUAAUAGGAAUGUAUUCACCUGAGUGUUUGAAAUUCUCUACCUCUCAUAGCUACUAUAACUGCUUGAACUGCUACUGCACACAGUAGAGAAAAAAACCUGAAUCCACGUGAGAGUCUAAAUCCCAUUUCUGUAGACAGCUAAAGGAUUUAGGAUUUAAUGCUUAUUAGCUUCCUGUAAAAUCCUCAUUGCUAAAAAGUGGGCAUAAGUACCCGAGAAGUGCUGUGUGAAUAGCCCUUUGCAUUGGUCAAAUAAUGAUUUCAUUUUGGUUUGGGAUUUUUUUAAUUUAUUUUUUCUCACCAAAAUAAAAAGCCAACAACUGCAAUUUGUUAGACAUGAAAGGUUAUCCUUGAACUCUCUCAAAUCCUCCUGCUGGAGCUCUUCUGCUUGGCUUGGAAUUCCUAAAUAACAAUGAUUUAGUGUGGUGGUUCUGGUGUUUAUCAAGGAGAUAAACUACUUGGAAGCAGGAGCUGCUCACCGAAAUAGCCAGAAUUAUUUGUAUAUGGUGGAAUCCCAAUGUGAGAAGGUUUUGCUCCCCCUUGACUCCACUGUGUUAUAAAAUGAGGGAUGAGACAACCAGCCAGGAGGUAAGAAUGAUGAUUUGUAAGUACUGUUGGUAUCUUGGAUGAUUUCUCACAGAAGUGAGUAAACCAUCCUGAGACUAAACUACUCUUCAUAUCCUCCUUAUUUACCCCUUGUUUCCCCCCAGAUUUGGGAAAAUUUGACUUCACUGUGUAUACAGACUCUGGAGGGUUAUUUAUGAAUGUGAGAAAAAUUGCAGUGCCUAUGGCAUAUUUUGUCAAAAAAUAAGAAAAGAAGUCGAGGAUUUUCCCUGUUCUCAUUCAGCCUCUCUGGAUUGUGACAUUGAACCCUUCCCUUUACAUAAGCCAGGCCUGAUUUGGGUGGUGUGUUGCUCUGGGAGGUUUCCAAGGCUGGUGCCAGCAGUCUCUCCAGGAACCUGGUGGAGUUAGAUGAGUACUAUGUUAAACCAUAGAUUUUAAAGCAGGGGAAUGUUUGAAAACUGUCAUGGUAUCCCACAUUACACAGCCCAGAACUCCUCACCACAUCUCUCCUGCAGCAGAGAGAAUUAUUUUUCCCUAUUAACACUGAAGUCCAACAGUUUGUGUCUGAAACACAGCACAUCUUUCUGGGACACAUGGGAUCUGGAUUGCAUCAGUAAAUCCAUUCCACUUUCUAGGCUGCUGUAACAUUUUUAACUGUGGUUGUUGAAACAGGGUUCAGCAUUUGACUUCAUAAGGUGCUGGCAAGCUCCUUAUUAAAUCACAGUCUUUGAGAGCAGCAGGCAGUCCUUUUGCUCAGGGAUGCUGAGAUGGUCUGAGCUGAACAGCAUCCCUCUGUGAGGGCACCACUGCAUGGGGUCCACAGCCUGUGCAGACUGAUGGUGUCAGAGCAAUUCUGGUCAAAAACUCUCUGAUUAAAACAGCCCAAGCUAUACAGCUGACAAAUCAAUAUAUUGAGAUCUGAAGUGCACUCACAAGGGGUUUUUGAACAUUUAAAAACAAAACAAAACAAAAAACAAAACAAAACAACAAUAACAAAAAAUCCCAACAGUUCCAAUGAAAUCCCUUCCCCCUGGAUCUUUUCAUCAGCAAAAAUGUUUCUGCAAACCUCAGGGAGGGUUUUAUUGUUAUCAAAAUGAUUGGGCCUUACUUCUCACAUCUCAUCCUAGCAGAGACAAAGACAGCAGGACAGUGACAUCAAUCUGAACAAAAACAGGUAAUGAGGAGUUAGUGCAUUUCUUGUGAGGGAUUUCAGCUUUUGGGCUGUGAUAUGAGGGAGUGGUAUGGACACCAAUUUCAGCCUUUGCUUGGCCUGCCCAGCCCCUGCCUGCUCGUGAGACCUCACAAACUGCAGAGCAUCCUCUUGAAGGAUGUACUGACAUAAAGUCAGCUUCUGGAGAGAGCCACCUGUGCCAGCUCUGCAGGUUUAAAGGUGCUGACAUUGCCACCAGACUUGGAGGAAAGCAAGAUCUGGAUCUUGGAGAUCCAGAUAUCCUACACUGGCCCUUUCUCCUGUGCAGCUUGUGACUUGCAUGGGCAAGGAAAGACUGUUCCCAAAUCUCUGUAGACUUGGCAUUUGUGAAUGUAGCUUGUUAGCACCCAUGGUUUUGAAAGGUUUAGUGGUUUUGUGUGGCAGAUUAAGUCAGUGUAGAGCCUUUCAGCCUCUCUGAAAUAUGUGCCCUCUGAUGUAUUUAUUCAUGAACUACUGUCUCUUAUACCCACCUGGGAAAAGCUUUAGAAGAGCCUAGAUUACCUGCUCUUUUUUAUUUAUUUAUUUAUUUUUAUUAUUUAAAGUUUAUUUCUUUUCUUUUUUAAUGCUGCUGAAAAGGUUCCUGCAAUGAGUAUUUGGGGAGGAAACUGAACAUUUUUUCAUAAUUUGUUUAACCACUGAAAGCAGUGAAGGAGCAGAUCCCUCACCAGUGUACAUAGAUUAUCCUGUGAGCAACCACACCAGUCCACACAAGGGUAGAGCCUGGCCUCUUUUGAAUAUUAUCUCUGUUGAUUUGUAUGGUCUUUUGCAGUGUAAUGACUGCUAAUUUUGAGCUUUAAUUGCAUGUGUUUGACAAAACCAGAAAGAGAGUGAGGUUUAUUAUUGUUUUGAUACAGUCUCAAAAGGGAAGCUUUUUACUAGCAUUUUAAUACAACCCUUUGUAAAUACCCAGCAAAGAAAAAAUGCUGAGUCCAAUCCUUCUGCUAGUGGAGUCACUGAGUUUCCUCUGGCUUUAGUAGGAGCUGGGCUGGGUUCAGUGUACAUGGUACACAGCAUUACUGAUAAUGAAUUCAUGUGUUUUAUAUAUUGAUGCUUUUUGCUGAACAGUGCAUCGGCUUUUUAUGAUUUGGUGAAAUAUAAAAAUAAAUUAUUCAAAAAGUCCAUA